AUGUCAGUUUCUACAACCUAUAUGCGGUUAAAUACCAAAUGGACAAAACGAUCAAAUCGCGCAAGACGUUUAAAAUGCUAUUAUUUAUUCAGAACGUUAUUUACUCUUGCUGUUUUAUUUGGUAUAAUUUUCUUUAUGGUCUGUGAUCUCGAACUUGGUAUUAGAGUUUAUUGGAGAGAUUGGAUUUCACAUGAAGAAUUUAAACGUGAAAAUUUAAGCAAAUGUUUUGAUAGCCUUUCUAAUAAUUCUGAACCAUCAAUCAUUUAUAAUAACAUUCUAACCACCUUACCUCUCACUUACGGCUGGGAUUGUUACGAUUUCGCCAAAAGUAUAAAGUUGAAGUCUGGCCAACCUCGAGAAUAUAUAAUCUACCAUGCUUACUGGCGUGCUGAUCUACGACCUUUUUGUGACAAACAGAUCGCUACCUUAAAAUCUUUCUUUGCUACUCAAGAUGCAAAAUAUUCUUCUCUCAUUCUCUGGACUAAUGGAAAUAUUUCGACUGUUCCUUCUCUUAAACCGUUGCUUGAGCGUUAUUCCGAUCGAUUCACAAUAAAGCAUUAUAAUGCCGUGAUAGAAAGCCAAGGAACUCCUAUGGAAGGUUCUCCCAACCUUAAACUUAAUGAUAAGCAAGCUUACCUUGAUGGUGACUUGACUAGACUCCUUGUUUUAUACAAAUAUGGUGGAGUAUGGUUUGACAUGGAUUCUCUUUUUAUACGUGAUUUUGCACCACUCAUGGAGCACGAAUGGCUUGGCCAAUGGGAUUGUUUUAUGCCGAAAGGCUAUCCUUUUAACGGUGCUUUUAUGAGAUUUCGAAAGAAUUCUCCUUAUUUAUGUGAACUCCUUUCCGAAAUGGCUAAUGGACCAGUUCCUAGCAAAUCUUCAAUUGAUUGGGGUGGGAGACUUUAUUAUAAAAUUUUUAGGCGUUUAAUUCAAAAUGGAAAAAAACCGUUUGAAAUAAUUCCUUGGUGCUUUACUGAUCCUCACCUAUGUAAUCCGUCAAACUCGAUGCCUAGUGCAUUUGAUGAAUCAGAAUUUAAUGAGGAAAGGUUAUUACAAGUAUUUGCUUUUCACUGGCACAAUCAGUGGGAUAAGAAAAAGGGAAGCUUAUUUAGAUUUCUGGAACAAAGAAACAAUGAGAUUCUGGGAUUCUAA